GAGUAGAGAGUGAUAACUUCUAAACUUUCUACAACCUUAAUGGCUUAUUGGAUAUCAGUCGACGUCGUACCAUUUCUCGUCCAUGUUCCACUAAUUUACUCUUGAAAAUGUAUAAUAGUAACAAUCGUGAUUCUUUUCGAUAACAUUUUAAAAUUUCAUCGACACUUUUUGGUCAGAAUAUUUUAUUUAAACGGUCUCCAAUUUACAAUCCAUAAUAUUCAAUAUGAUUUUUCAGCAGUUUUACAUAAACGAUUAUGGUAUUCGUAUUUCAUUCUAGCAAGACUUUUGGCCAUAAUUUCACCUCCAUUCUCUCGUUCCGAUGAUGGAUUUUCACACUUUACUCUACCAGGCGCAAAAAAACAAUACAAGAGACAAAGAUGUUAAAUAUUUCAAAGCAUCAUUGGAUCCACCAAAAAAAGAAACAAAAGAAAGUAGACAAUUGUCUGACAGUAUUAAGAAGUUUUUAGCAAAAAAAGAUGAAGAAGAUCGACUCAAACAAAUAGAAGAACAGAAGAAAAAAGAUGAAUUAAUAUCGUUGCGUAGUCAAGAUAGGAAAUCUUUCAAAAGGGUCCAGUCUAUGUUAAACCGAACUAAAUCAGCAAAUAAAUCAGUUAUUGAGGAUGCCAAAGAUGAUGUUAAUACAUCUGUUACCAUGGCUGGAUUUAAUCAACCUGAUGAGGAUGACUAUGGAUAUGUUUCUAAAGAUGCCAUGGCCAUCUAUAAUAAUAUUAUGAACAAAUAUGUGAAUACUCCAGCAGAUUCAAGAAAUGUAAAAACUCCCAAUCACAGAAGUCAUGACAUUUCUGGUACUAAAGAUCGUGUUAGAGCAGCGCUACUAAAAGAAGAAGAAGAUCAAUUAUUGCCACAUAAGCGAAAAAGAAAACCUAAAGAUAUAGACAAUGCUGAAGAUUGUCAGGAUAGUGUCGAGCCAGAGCAAAAAAAAUCCAGACCUGACACAGAGAAAAUUAAAAAACGUCCUGCACAACCUCCGCCAUUAAAUUUCCAUGAAUUACUUAAAAUUGCUGAAAAAAAACAAUAUGAACCCAUAAUUAUUGAAAAACCUAAGAAAGAAGAACCUUUACCUAUGAUGACCAAGAAAGAAAGACAUAAAUAUUUAGAAGACAAGAGAAUUGAAGAAAUACGACUAGCUCGACGACAAGGCAAGGGCUUACCUAUUACUGAAAAACCCAAAGAAAUUAAACCAGUUGAAAGAAUUCAAAAAGCAUGUGCAUCUUCUUCAAAAGUCGAUAUACACGCAGAAGAAAAACUAAAAAAGAAUGCUUCUGUAUGGUCUAAAGAUUUAAAAAUUAGUAAAGAGCUGAAUAAUAAUUGUAAAAAUGAUAAAUAUAUACCAAGGCCAUUGAAUAAUUCAGAAAGUUUACGUAUGAAUUCAAAUGGGAAUAGAACCACCUCUAAAAGUUCAUUAGAACAACAUUUGUUGAAUGAAAAGAGGUAUAGUUCUAAUGAUGAACGGUAUUCACCGAAACCAAAAUCAGUCAAAGAUCAAUAUAUACCUAAAGCUAAAAAUUCAAUUGAAAAUAAUUUUUCACCAAAACCUAGAGGUAUGCCAAAUAAUGAUAGAUAUGUAUCUCAAUCUAGAAGUUCAUCAUCUGACAAGUAUUCACCAAAACCCAAGAGUUCAAUGCCAUCCGAUAAAAAUUUGUCAAAACCAACCCCCAUCGAAAGAUAUGUGCCUAAAUCAAGAAGUCCGCCAUCUAAAAAGUAUUCUCCAAAACCCAAGGAUUUAAUGCCUACAAAUAAAUAUGUUUCAAAACCUACACCCACUGAAAGAUAUGUGCCUAAAUCGAGAAGUCCACGAUCCGACAAAUAUUCUCCAAAACCAACACCCACUGAAAGAUAUGUACCUAAAUCGAGAAGUCCACCAUCUGACAAAUAUUCUCCAAAACCAACACCCACUGAAAGAUAUGUGCCUAAACCAAAAUUCUCAGCCGAUGAAAAAUAUUCACCGAAAAUUAAAAUUUCUGCACAACCAGAAAGAUAUGUGCCCAAGGGAAAAGGCUCAUCUUCCUCAGAACAAUAUACACCUAGUGCAGUCAAUCAUUCAAAUGAAAAAUAUAGACCUAGACCAACGUCAUCUCAAAGCAUGAAAUCAAAACCUACCAGUUCAAAUAAUAAAUAUGUCCCAAUGCCAGUUGAUAAAUCUAAGAAGUUACCAAUCAGCAAUAAUAUUAAACCUAGACAACUACCGCCUAAGGAAAUGGCAUCCAAACAAUUUCCUCCCAGAGAUAUGAUACCUAAGCAGUUCCCACCCAGAGACAUGAUGCCUAAGCAGUUCCCACCCAGAGAUAUGAUCCCUAAACAAUUUCCACCUCCUGAUAUGAGAAGGCGAGAUGAUCGACAUAUGCCAAUUCGCAACAAACGUCAAGUCAUUGAAUCAGAUUCAGAGUAUGAUUCUGAAUUAGAUGACUUUAUUGAUGAUGGGCCUGAAGAUGAAGCUGAUUAUUCCAAAGUUAUUUCAGAAAUUUUCAGAUAUGACAAAUCAAAAUAUAGAGGAAUGGAUGAAGAUGAUGAAUGUAUGGAAUCUGAUUAUCGUACUCUUCAAAAAGAAGAGUAUAAAAGUACUAGAGCUGGACUUUUGGAAGAUUUAGCAGAUAUCCGAAGAGAGAAACAAAUGAUGAAAAAACGAAAAAAACUUUAAUGUUGAAACCAAUUAUAAUUUGUUGUGUAUAUUUUUGUUACCUUAAUUUUUAUAAGCUUGUUUCUUACGGUUUACUAACCUUCACAAACAAAUAUUUUUGGUGUAACUAAGUAUAAUAUGUAUUUUGUACAAUAUAUAUAGGUUACAUGUUACUCAUUCAAAUCACUUUGGCUGAGCUCAACAAACUAAACAAUUUACUUACUAGCCAUAUUUGGUAAAUUGCUUUUUUUAGUAAUACUUGUAUUACAAACUUAAUUUGCUUUUUAUAAAUUGUACAUACAUUUAUUAUCACCUUAUAUUAUUGAUCCAAAAUGCUCAUGAUUUUUGAUUGUGUAUAAUUAUUUUUUUUAGACCUCAUUUAUAAACUAAUUGUUAUUGUGUUAUUUAUCUUUUCAUGAUCGUCAUUAUUUUUUCCAAUAUUUGAGUAAAAUAUAAUUAAAUUAUUGUUUGAGAUUAUGAAUAUUAUUGUAAUAAACUAAUAAAAGAAUAAUUAUUAACAAAUUAUUUUAUACUAUAUUAUGAUUAUUGAUUAGUUUCUGGAUAUUUUGCAUGAAUUAAUUAAACUGGUUUUUAAUUGUCAUUACUUUUUUUCUCUAAAAACAAAAUAAUACGAUCAUUCAAUUUUUAUUUAGUAACUAAAAGACUUCAAAUCAUCUCAGUAAUGGUACAGUUGGAAGUAAAAAUUUGUUGUCUAAUUAAAUUAAGUUUAAAAGACAUUGGAAAUGUACAUAAUAUUAUGUCAAAUGUCAACCAAUAAGUUUUUAAUAAUUGUUGUUACCACCGAGAGUUGGUAAGUAUGAUAGUAUUGUCUUAGAUAAAUAUAAUAUAACAAGAUGUCAUAUGUUGGGUUACAUACUAAAAACAUGUAUUUUUAUUGUAUAAUUUAAUUAUUAUUUAAAAUAUAGUUCUACAUUUAAUUUUAAUUUCUUCCAGAUUUUUGUAGGUAUUAUUAUUAUUAUUUUUUUUUUUUUGUGGUAAUAGAGUUGUUUUUUUGUUUUUUUUUUUUCAUAUACAUAAUUCUUUGUUAAUUUGAAUAAUAUUAUACUUUUAUAUCAUUAUAUUAUCCAAAGUUGAGUAUACCCGUCACCCUGAUAACUAUUUUCCUUGUUUACAGGUAUCCAUAAAGUUAUAUUUGAAGGCUAUGCUCCCCUGAUGACCUAUGCUUAUAAUGUAUAAUGACCAAAUUUUUUUUGUCAAUUUAUUUGUGUACAUUGAAUAAUAUAAAAUAUAAAUAAUUGUUAUAAACAUGUUAAUUUUUUACUUUCUUGAUUUAAAAUGUAACUCAGUAAUGAUGAGUAGGAGGGUAAUUUAACUAGCUUUAAUAUAAAAUAUUAAUGUAAAAAAGUUAAAACAAAUUUUGUUGGGAAUUUUUUAAUGUUUUUCAGUUUAACAGCUUUGUAGUGAAUAGCCCCACAAAAAAUUAUUUUCAUUUUCAUUUAGCAAAGUAGAUUUCCGAAACUGGUAAACGGAUUUUGUUGUUAGGGGUCUUGUUAGAUUCACAUUGGCUAGGAGAAGUGCACUGUAGAUUUUCAGAACUUUAUCUUUAUAAUAGUUAAUUCACUACAAAGCUGUAAAACUGAAAAACAUCAAAAAACGCCCAAUAAAAUUUGUUUUAACUUUUUUUAUUUUCUGUAGUGAAUUAAUUAUUAAAGAUAAAGUUCUGAAAAUCUUCACUACAGUUCUCCUAACCAAUGUGAAUCUAACAAGACCCUAAACAAAGAAAUCCGUUUUCUGGUUUCGGAGAUCUAUCUCACUAAAUGAAAAUGAAAAUGAUUUUUUGUGGGACUGUUCAUACCGACAUUUUUCUGGAUUCAAAUUAUUGUUAUACCGCGUGGGUGUGAUAUCAGUUAAUACAUUUCUAAAAAUUAAAAAUCAAGAAAGUUUACAUGCUGAUCCUGACUUUUUUUUCAAGUUAAUUAUUAAUAUUGUAAAUAUAACUGUCCAGUGUCCAUGUUUAUUCACUCGUGAUUGAAUUGGAAAAUAUUAAAUUAUUGUUAUUUUUGUUAAAUUGUAUAGGGGUAGGUAACAUACAUUAUUUGAUUUUAUUUUUAAAUAAAAAUAUAUUAACAACCUACCUAAAUAUGUAAAAUUAAAUUACGAUUCCA